AUGACCACCACCCCACCCCACCCCACCCUCCUCCCCAUCCGCCCCCAUCCCCCUCCCCUCGCGCAUCCCUUCCCCUCACAUGUCCUUCGCUCUCCUCACCCUCUUCCGACUUACCCAAACCUCCUCCCACUCCUCCUCGCCCCUACCAUUCCCCUCCCCUCUCCCCUUCCCCCCCCGUCCCUCCCUCUCCCCCCCCCCCUUCACCAAUUCCAUUCCCCACCCCGCCCCCUCUCCACCCGUACGCUUCCCCAGCGUUUCUUGUGCUGGGGGCGUUUCAUCUUUGGCCCGGACGUACGAUCGCUGGUCAUCUCCUUCGUCCUCAUCCUCGUGCCCGGCACUCUCUUCUGCAUCUUCGUCGCUGCUCCCUACGCGGGGAAGCUUCCAGGAGGGAUCGCUGUGCUCCCCGUCUCCAUCUGCUUCGUCAUCUGGAACCUCUUCAUCCUACUCGUGACAGCGAGCAGGGACCCGGGCAUCGUACCUCGCAACCUCGUGCCACCACAGCCAGAUGAGGAGGCAGGGGAGCAGGCAGCGGGAGGGGCGCCGAAGAAACUGCCACGAGCAAAAGAAGUGGUGGUGAACGGGCAUACAGUCAAAGUCAAGUACUGCGACACGUGCCUGCUGUACCGGCCGCCCAGAUGCUCGCACUGCAGCAUAUGCGACAACUGCAUUGAAAAAUUCGACCACCACUGCCCGUGGGUGGGGCAAUGCAUUGGACGGCGCAACUACCCCUUCUUUUUCCUCUUCGUCACCUCCACCACGCUGCUCUGCGUCUUCGUCUUCACCCUCUCAGCCUUCUACAUCAAACUCCUCGUAGACAACUCCUACUCGGGCGCCAGCGGGCAGAGCAUCUCCCUGCUAGAGGCACUGGGAAAGGGGUACAUGGCGGCGGUGCUGAUGGUCUACACGUUCAUCAUGGUGUGGUUCGUUGGGGGACUCACUGGAUUCCACUCCUUCCUCAUCUCGCGCAAUCAGACCACAUACGAGAACUUCCGAGCUCGGUACGAGAAGAAAGCCAAUCCAUACAACCUCGGUUGCCUCAGCAACUGGCGCUCUGUGCUCUGCUCGCCCAUCCCCCCCUCCCGCCACAACUUCCGAGCCGACGCGCCCGAACCUCCCCCCGCCGUACCACCCGUUACUGACCCUUCCUCCUCUUCCAACCAUGCUCUGAUACCAACGGCGAAUACCAACGGGCACGCGCAUGACGACGCGCAGAGGAAUGGAAACGGGGUGCCGUAUAUGAAUGGAAGAGCAGGAGGGCUAGGAGGAGGGGGUGUAGGGGGACUGGAGGCGGGAGGAACGAGCGUGACAGACCCAGCAGCAGCAGUCGACGAAUCAGAAGCCCCCAUUCUUCCCGCCAUGCGCAACCGCAACUCCCAACCCAACUCCCGCCGAACCUCCCCAGCCUCCAUACCAGGGUCUCGCCGAGCCUCCCCAGUAGGCUCGUGGAAAGGCUCCCCAGGGCAUGGUUCAAAGCGAAACUCUCCCCAUACCCACCACGGGUCGUCUCGUCUCAGCUCCCCAGGGCUAUCUGGCAGAUCACCAGUCAAUAAGAGGCAGUCAGAAAACGAUUUAGUAGAAUCAACCCGACUCACGGAUGACGAGGGAGGCAGGAUUGCGGAUCAGAUUGUGGAGCUCGGGAGAAUGCCGGAUGGUUAUACGGCAGGUGGAGCCGGGGAGGAGAGUGUGGAUAGCAGUGGUGUGCCGAGGAGUGUGAGUGGAAGGAGGAGUGGGAGUGGGAGGCGGAGAGGGGAGGAGAUCGUAGUGCUGGAGGGGACGAGUGGGGCUGCAGGAGACGGCGGUGGGUUUGGUGGCGGUGGGAUUAUGAACGAAAGUGAUCAUAGGGAGGGUAGUGAAGGGAAGGAGCGGAGGGAUGGAGUGGGUGGUGGUGGGGAGGUGGUGGUGGAUGUUCCAGGUGCAGGGUGA